AGUGGGACAGGGUGCAGGAAGAAAGCAAGCCCAGCACUGGGGUGUUUCUCAUUAGCCCCUAUUAUUCACACUAUGUUUCCAGUUUUAAACCACACAGACAGGAGUCAGCUGAACCACUCUCCCUGUUGUUGUUUGCUAAGGGGAUCCGAUCUGCAGGGGGAUAUUCUCAAGUCACACAGAGGGGAAGGUGUCCUGGUAGCAGUGCCAUCCUUGCAGCCGCAUCCCCCUCAGUGCAAACUGCAGGUUGAGUUCCCUUCCCCUGACUCUGGGAGAUAAGGGCUGAGACAAUCCAGCCACACAAAGCCACUCUGCGAGGAGCUGAUCCCCCGGCUACAAACCUGCUGCUCCUCCUCCCAGCAGCACAGAGCUGAGGCAGCCUGUUCUGCUGCCACACAGCCCCAUUUGCACCCUCACUCGUCACCGUCAGCCAGCCAGGGGUUGUCUUCUCCUAUCCAUCACCAUCAGCCAUAACACUGCACCACACCACGAUUUUCUCCUGACCCAGCCCCUCUCAGAGCUCUCCAGCCAGACCCUGCAGCCCUUACUCAGCAGCUCUCCCUCCAAAUGGGAUCAGCUCGAGUCAGCUUCAGCACUAUCUCAGGGUCUGCUGAUGCCAUUUUCUCUCCUGCAGGUGCUGGGGUAGGGAGGGGAUGAGCAGGGACAGUCGGGGCUCAAACGUCGAGUAAAAGCGUGAGAAGGACCCUCGUGGUUUCACCUGCUGUGCUUGGGGACGUGCAUAAACGUGGGGCAAAGCUGAUGCAUCGUCUGCACUGCUCUGAGGGCAGCCCCAUCCCAUCCCUCUGCUCUGCAGCGAUGCCAAGCGCCUACACCUCGUUCAAGGCUCUGAGAAGGAAAGUGAACCUUGCUCUGUACAGCAAAAACCCCUAACCAUUCCCAUCCCCCAGAAUGAGGGCCCAGCACCUGCAGGAUCAGGUAUUUCUGCAGUGGUGGCACUGCCUCAACCCCAGGCUGCUCCUACAGCCACGUGCCCUCACGCUUUGGCCACCCUGCUCUGCGUGCUGUUGGCUCCCAGCAGCGGUCCUAAGCAGGAGGGAGCUCACAGCUCCAGCAAUGGGAAGUCAGGCUGAGCUGCCGGUUACACUGGGAGCGUGACUCGGCCGCCCGCAAAAUCUCAGCGGUGGGACCCAGCCUUUGCUUUCUCACCGCCCCGCUGGAUCGCAGCGGUUUGGUCUGAGGAUGUGCUAAAGUUACCGUGCACUGCUAGGGGACGGAGGCGACGAGGAAAACACUUCUGCCCACAGCGGGCGGGGAGCGGGGCCAGGAUUACGCUACCGGCCGCAGACGACCGCUGGUGGGCAAAAAGCCGCCUCCUCUGGUCCAGCAGCGGAGCGUUCGGAAUCCCCAGCAGCGUUCCAAGAGUUGGCCCGGGGUUCAAAGCUCCCCCGAGCGCCUGGAUGCAGGGAGGGAUGCGGAGAGGGAUCCGCUCCUCUCUUUGUCUUCUGCAGCGAGGAGCCCCCCGGCAGAACACACCCUGAGGGGGGAGGAGGAGGAGGAGGAGGAGCGGCCUCCGAGAGGAGGAGGGGGCCGGCUGAGAGCGAUACCCCCGACCGCGGCAACCGGGGGGAGCAGGGCGGAGCCACCCGGGCGGGGCAGCGCCGACCCCCGCCCGCCCCUCGCGGCGCCUCCCCCGGUUCGGAGCGCGGAGCCCUCCCGGCCCGGAGCGACGCGGCCAUGGGCUCCCGGCUGAGCCGGCAGAGCAGCCUGGAGGAGGAGAGCCCCGGGGCCGAGGAACCCUCCGGCCGGGCCGAUUUCCACCUCUCGUCGCUGUUGCUCCACCCGCAGAAGCUGCCCGGGGUGCUGCGGAAAGCCUCGCCCGCUCCCUACGUGCGGAGGGUGGGGUGGCUGCGGGAGAUCCAGGCCACCAUCCGAGAGCACAAGCGGGAGCACGCCGUGCACAUCCUCAGGCUGCUCAGGAAGGACCUGGGACUGGAAGGAACAUUCCUCAAUGAAGUCCUCUACAAAAAUGCAACAUUCCUCAACUUGGUGGAUCCCAUCUCCCAUGACCUGCUGAUGAGCCUUGCUAGAGACCUGCAGUGUCCCAAAAAGGAAUACGACCCCUGGAAAUCCUCAGACAGGAUCUGCAGGCAGCUGAUCUACCACCUGACCCCACACUCCAAAUGGCACAGGCAUGGCAUGCCCCGCAGGAAGUCCCAGGCAUGCCUAAAGAACAACCUGCAGAAGAAGGUGAGCCAGGGCUCCAUGGAUCUGUCAGGGAUCCCCCUGACCAUGCGGGACGUGCACCGCAUGGCCUACUACCUGCAGAACAACGGGGACCACCUCACCUCCGUGGACCUGAGCUUCACUGAGCUGAACGACGACAUGGUGCGCCUGCUGCUGCCCUUCCUCUGGGCGCUGCCCAAGCUCACCCACCUUUCCCUCAACGGCAACCGACUGACGCGGGCGACCAUGAAGGAGCUGACUGACACCAUGAAGGACAUGAACAAGUUCCCUUGCCUGGCUUGGGUAGACCUCGGCAACAACGUGGAUGUCUCCUCCAUGCCGCAGCCCUUGCUCGUGGGCCUGCGCAAGCGCCUCAGCCAGCAGACCACGCUGCCGACCAUUUACGAGGCUCUCGACCCGGAGAUCCCCGGUGGGCAGGAGGGCAGCUGGCCGGAGGGCGAGGAAGCAGGGAGCAGCCCGCGGCGCGCCGUCCCUCAGCAGGGCUGCGAGAGGUGACUGGACAACGAGCCGGCUCUGGCACACUGAAGCCGCCCCGAGGAGCAGUUCUGAGUCCACACACCAAGCAGAGGGCCAGCGUGCCCGGCUUCCUUCGGCACUUCUCUCUCGCCUUCCCUGACAUCUCCCCCCAGUUCGCUGUCAGACAAAGCCCGUUGUUCCCCGAAACGCGCUCCGCUCCCUCCCCUCGCUGCCGAACCCAUCGCCCACGUUACAGAGAGGAACCGGUGACUUACAGCGAAGCUGGUCCCCAGGCUGGGCUUCACUGGAAGACCUGUCGGAGUCAACCAUUUCCUCCAGCAGCCAUUGGGUUGAGGGAAAGUGAUGGGGGGAAACCUAAAACAGAAACAGGCUUGUAGUUUACUUCCUUUCCUUCUUUUCCUAGGCACCUUGGCAAGCUUGGGACCUGCAGUCUUGAGUGUGAAAGGAGGUACCCCAAGAGCCUAGCUGUUGUGGAGCUUCAUUGAAGGGCUCAGAGGCCAGAGCUGGAGCCCGGCCGUGUGUCUCCCUCUUGUGUCUGGCUCUUUUUGUUUUGUUUUUUUUCCCCCCAUUGUGUGUUUUGUAUUAAUGUCUGAACAAAGGGACUUGGUCAGAGACCAUCGGAUUGCAUAGGCUGGGGCGGACACAUGGCUUGGAACUGCAGCAUCAGGAUAUUUGCUGUGUGACUGGGGUGAGAGGGAAGGGAAGGAGGUAUGUGUUGGUGGGAGCAUGGGGGAUGGGAUGAGUUGGGAUGGGGUGGGAAGGCCGGGGGUUGAAAAGGGAGGGGAAAUAGUUUCAUGGUUUAAAAGGAUUGGUUCAAAAACCGUGGUUUUGUACAAAACUGACAAGUUUCAAGUGAAAUUAAGGAGCAUCAGACAGCUAAGUGCAUAACUGUGACACUAGAGGAGCAAGCGGUGGAUGUGCCAGAGGUGGGCACUUCCUAAACUAAAGUGCAAAGCUUUGGCUCCUCAUUGCAUAUUGCAUACCUCGUAACACUGACAUGAUGUGAGCAGCUGCACUGUCAUUUCCAAUGCUGUCCAAAACCAAACCAGUGAUGCAAGAUUUCUAGUGUUUUCCACAUUGCUCAUGUUCUAUGUAAACUCAAUAAACAGUUCUCUUGGA